GCAAGGAAGGAGGAACAAGUAUUAUGUUGCAGAGUCUCAUGAAUGAGUUAACUGCUGUCUUUGCACGUGAAUGUAGCCUCAGAAUGUCCUAGAGACUGACACCUUUGGACACAAACUGACAGGCUAUCCAGACUUUCUUUCUUACUGAGUGAGGCCACAGUAUUCACUGCAAAAGCUGUGUGUUACUUGGUCAAAAAUAGAAAAAGGUGACCUGUUCCAAGGUAGGUUAAUGCUUGAUUCACAAGGAAAUCCUAAAAAAGGUAAAAGAGUUUUUAUGUGUAAAUGUAAAGUGGUAUAGAAUCAAUGACUGUUUUUUCUAAUGACUUAGCUUUAAUAGUAUCAGUUCUGACAAGCCAGCCUGCUGUGAGGAGAAUAUGCAGUGCACUGCACUAAGUGGUAAACUGGAAUUUGUGACACCACUUCUGUUUUUAGCUGCAUGACCAGCCUGCUAAAUAAAGUUGACUUGUUUCUGGUUGAUUUCUCUGUUGAGAGUAACUCCUGAAAAGCAGCUGAUGAACCUGAUGAACUUUUUUUUUUUUUUUUAAACAAAGAAAAUCCUCUAAUUCUUAGCCAGUACAGUCGUUACGCUGACUGUUGUCGUUAUGUUCAGUUAUUUCCCCUGUAAGCACUGAAGACAAAGCGGUUAUCGGCCAUUGUCCAAUAAUUCACGCUGCUCUGAACAAGUGGCAUGGGCAGUGCUGUCAGCGAUUCGGAGAGUUCUCACUGUGACUCCCUCACAGAGGGAGGGUCGCUGUCAUUUCAGCCUUUUCCACAAGGUGUCCCUGCAGGUUGAGGACGCAGGAGUCUGGGCGAUCUGUGAUGGAGUGGUCGAGAUGUGCCAGAUUCCUGCGUGAACUUAAGAUGCUGCCGUUUUCUGUCGUGCACAGCAAAGAAGCAAACUCUGCUCAGGACCUGGCAGCACUGGCUGCUUUAUGUUGAUGUUCAAGGGACAAAACAUGGGAUGCAGUCUGUGGCACUGGCAUUCAGGGAAAGAAGCUGUUUGCGCCUUUCAUGGGCAGUGUGGAGAAGACAACACUACCAGAAAUGCUCUGGACACAAAAUGAAUAUUUUGGCUCUGCAACAUUGGGCCCAGAGCCUGCAAUUUCGAGCUUGGUUGCAGUGGCGAGAGCAGUACUUACACACCCAGGAUGAGAAGCAGAAGGACACCAGGGCAGUAACUCACCAUCAGCACUGGGAAUUGAGGAGAUGUGUGGGAGCAUGGCUGGGAUACCUGAACCUCCACAGAGUAAAGAAACGCCAGAAUGAGCUGGCUCAGGAGUUUCACCGAAGCCAGACGCUCCGGAGGUUCUUCUCUGAUUGGCAGCUGUCAUGGGAGUGCAGGAGAAGAGUGCAUGCUCACCAAAGGGACCUGGAAAACCAAGCAGCAAGGAUUGCCUUGUGGAGAGUCUUUGCACACUGGAAGCAUUAUGUUGUGCUGUGUGUGGAAGAGGCUCGGCAGUGUGAGCUGGCUGAAAAGCACUACAAGUGUCACCUGUUGGAACUUGGCCUUAAGGGUCUUCGGCAGAAUGUCCUGGACACUCGUGCUCAGCGAAUGAGGACAAAUCUGUCAUCCCGUCAGCACCGAGUUACAGUUCUGCAGAAGUACUGGAACCGUUGGAAGUCCCGUUUGGAAGAGAAGGAGGAAGAACAGCAGCAGGCCUUAACAUCAGUAGCUCAUGCCCGUUAUAGGAGGAUGUUGAUGAGACAGGUAUUUGACAUAUGGCUGCUGAAGGUCUGUAAGCUGCAAGAAUAUCGAAUGGGAGAGAAGAAGGCUGUCCUUCAUUUCCAGAGGCAGCUCCUGCACUGCUCUUGGUGCUGCUGGCGUAGAAGAGCAGCUGCACGUUUGGAGGAGCAGCUGGGCUUGGUUCGUGCAGGAGAUCACUACAGUAACCAGCUGCUGCUAAAGGCCUUCUGUCUGUGGAAGCAAAAGAGUCAGGAGAGACAAACAGAGAGGCUCAAGGAGACAGAAGCUUUAAGAUUUCGCUAUUCAAAGUGUCUGCUACAGGCUUGGAACAAGUGGAGAGAGUACGUGGGACAUCAGCGUGAGAAAUGGAGGAAGUUGGUGCAAGCAGACCUGCACUAUCAACAUGUGUUGAUGGGCAAGACCUUGGCAGCUUGGAAGCUUUACCAACAAAACAUACAGUGCAUUCUGUAUCAAGUAGCUGAGAAGGAGAAACAGCACACUCAACUGCUGCUGCGACAGGUGCUGUGUACAUGGAGAGAAAAUGUCCUUGCUCUUAUACGUGAAUCUAAGGCAACUACUCGGGCAGAUGAGCACUACAGGAGAGCAAUCCUGUCAAAGGUGCUGCUGCAGUGGCGAGACACUGCCUGGCUACGAGCGUGUCACCGCCAUCUGAAGGUGACAGCUGUGCUGGAAGCCAGAAAACAUUUGGAUUUAGUGCAUUUACAGAGCCUGUUUCUUCACUGGAAAGAAUUAAUGAGGGAGUCUCUGAUGCUGAGGGCUCAGUACCACAGGGCAGCACAGCACCAUCAGCAGCACCUGCUCCAGAAAUACCUAGUGAAAUGGAAAAAUUAUUAUCAGCAGUGCCUUGGGAAAAAGCUGCUGCAGAGAAGGGGAGAUGAACUAAUGACUCACAGACUUUGCUCUGCUUCCUUCUAUUGCUGGAAAACUCGGCUGUUGCAGCAGCAAUGGGAAAAGCGGAAGACAGUGCAAGCGUUGUGGCACUGGUCCCUUUCAGUGCAGAGAAAGGUAUUUGAUGCUUGGCUGAGUUUUGCCAAGGGGCAGCAGGAGAAGAAAGAUGGCAUUGAAAAAGUCACAGGAGUUCACUACACAACUCCUUUGAGAGAAGGUGCAACCUGUGCCUUGAGAAACACUGCUGGCAUCAAAGAGCUUCAGGGACAGCUCCAUCCCCAGCACCAGCUGGAGAAGCAGCUGACAUUUAAAAGGCCUGAUGUCAGUCCUGAGAAAAGAGAACAUUCAUCAGAGGAAGAGCCAUGGCCUUCAAAAUGCAGACAUCUACCACUUCACCCUGCUGAGGGGGGCUCAGUUCUCCAUGGCCUGUCAGAGGUGCCCUUUGAGCUAACAUCUGUGAAUAAGUGUCCUGCACAGACUGGGAACUUAAUGCUGACACCUCACGUGGAAGAAAGUACCUGUAAAUGUCUGUCUCAGAUGGGUAGUGCUGCUCAUUCCCAUCUGUUUUUCACUUGUGCUUCUCUCCCCCUGUGGACACAGGACAUGCACCGAGCUAGGCAGGGGCCAGAGCUGUGGUCUCCUGCAUCUUUCAUGUCCCAAAUGAAAGCUGACUCAGAACAGAGAGGAGGUCAGCCUGUGAAUUGUCACAAAGGAGCCCAUUCCCAAGACUCUGAACAGAAUUCUGUGGAGAAGAAGUUGCAACCAAAUUUGUGGCCACAUUUGCUGUCUCCUGAAGACUUGGUGGGAAGAGGGAGUCACCAGACUGCAGCUGAAGGGGAAAAGAGGGAACCCAGUUCAAAAGAAGAAAAGCUGGAGAGAAGGGUGGAAGCUGAACUCCGACAGAUCCAGCAGCAGAUGCAGUACUACUACAGCAGGAAGCAGGAGCUCAAGUACUGUCAGCAGCAGGCACAAAUUCUGCAGCAGUGGCUGGAAAUGAGCAAGCAACCAGGAGCCCAAGAUGGUGUGCAAGGAGUUCAGGAAGAAUUGGGUCAGUUGCAGGUGAGGAUCAGCAGUCUCACCAAAGCACAGCUGGCUGAGAGACAGCAUGUGCAGGCCCUGCUUGCCCGCCUGCGAGAUAUCCAGCUUGCCCUGGAUCUGUAGUGCAUCUACCAGCUUCUCAGCUCAGGGGUAGGACUUUUUGCCCCUCUCAUAGCAGGGGAUGAUGGAAGAGAUGUAUGCAUUCACUUAAUUCUAUGUAUGGUGUUUAUAUUUGAUAAAUUACGUUAAAAUAAUUUUUCAUAUUUUAUUGUUACUCUAACUGAUCAAAACCAAACUGGAGCUACAUCUACCUCAUGCUGCACUUGCAGUACCAAUCUUUGUCAUGCCACAAAGAUAAGCAACACAGAUAAGACUCUUUAUUUCAAAAUGUUUGCAAUUAAAUGAGUUCAUGUCAGUAAGUCAUACACUUUGACAUACAAAAAUACCGUGCUACUGAUACAGUUGAAUUAAAUGGAUUCUCCAUGCAGGAGAAAUUCACAGCAUUAUCAGUACCCUCAAGGAACUUUGUUUUCACUCGUGGGGUGCAUUGCUGGCCCCUGCAUCACAAGCAAUGUUGGUUUAUUAGCUUGCUCUGCACAGUAUUAAAACCAUGAUAAAAACAGCCACUUGCAUGCUGAAUCCUCCCUUCCGAGAUUUCUAAUAAAGCAAACAUCAAGCAACCCAUUCUCCAUCACUAGGCUAAUAUUUACCUUCAGAUACUAUGGAUGAUGCUGCUGAGUAGGAAGAAAUUAAAGCUUAAACUUCCUUUGGCUCUGGAUGUCACAGACUCCAGUGGAAAAGGAAUAGAUUCAGUUGUCUUUUUCUCUCAUCCACUGGAACAAAUUUGCUUUCUCUUGUUAACAUGACAUUGAAGUUUAGUCAAAAAGCUCACCCUAACUUUAUCCUCUCCGGGUUGAUAUUUGCCUUACUCUUUUCUCACUCUCAAAGGUUUGAAAAGACUUGUAUCUGGUACUAUACUGCUGCAGGAGUAAACUUGCUAAUGCCAAGAAGUUUAACAAGAUAGGUGGCUGAGAGCCACUUCAAGCUUUCAAACUCCUCCCUGUGUAAAGUGAGGAAACACUGACUCCUGGAGCCAAAUGAAUUUUCUCCUGCUUGUCACCCAAACAGCCACCCUCAUCUGACUUGUGCCUGGGCUACGUCACUUAGAGGCAGUUUAUCGUCCC